GGACGAAGAAGUUGGGGUUUGUGAUGCAUGGUUUGAUGCGCACAUCCUUAGGCUAAUAGGGCUAGGUGGGGUAGUGCGCUCUGGUAAAGAAAGGGUGGAGAGCAUCCUGCACUGCAGCGUGCGUAAAGUUGUUUGUGUGGACACGCUUCCGAGUGUGCAUCAGGACCGCACCGCAGGCGUAUGUGCGUUUGUAUGCGUGUGUCUAGAGUGAGAUGGGCAUUUGGUUUGCUCCCGCGAGCGGUGCGACAGCCCGGCGAGAGGUCUCACAGCAUCUCCGUCCGUCGGGCGAGCACCACGCGCCGUAGAGAGGCGGAGGAGGAAGAACGAGGGGGGACGCGGCGGCAGACAAUGCGGUUUUGCACUGCGUUCAUUUCUUUGUACAAUUCACGUGCGCGUCCGCCAAAAGAUGACGCGCGGAAGAUGUAGGGGAUGAAUUCCACGCGAUCCGGCUGUUUUUGAGCAAUUUUUCCCCCCACAGUCGCAUUGAACACGUUUUCCUGCGGUUUGCUUGGGAACAAAACAGAGAUGAAAUUCCCAAUAGAGAACCCGCGGAAACAAGUUAACUGGGACCCUGAGCAAGUGGCGGUGCAGACCAACCUGGUCCCGCCCAAAAAGCUCCAGCCGGGCAUGGUGAAGUCCAGCCUGGUCCAUGCCAGCGUCGCCACCAUGCAGAACCCCAUGGGCUACGACCCCAAGGCCAACGGACACUGCCCGCUGCCGCGCCUGUCCAUCUCCUCGCGCUCCGCCAGCAUGGUGGCCAGCAUGGACGCCAGCUGCGACGGCUCGGCCGCGGCGCUGCACUCCGUGAUGAAGUGGAAGACGGUGCUCGCCGUGUUCAUCGUGGUGGUCCUCUACCUGGUGUGCGGCGGCCUCGCGUUCAGGGCGCUGGAGCAGCCGUUCGAGAGCAUCCAGAAGACCAGCAUCACCAUGGAGAAGGCUUCCUUCCUGGAGAGACACCCCUGUGUUACUCCGGAUGAGCUGGAGGCGCUCAUCAAGCACGCCAUAGAUGCUGUGAGCGCUGGAGUGAGUCCUAUCGGAGACACGUCCUACAACUCCAGCUACUGGGACCUGGGCAGUGCCUUCUUCUUCGCCGGAACCGUCAUCACCACCAUCGGUUAUGGAAACAUAGCUCCCAGCACGGAGGGCGGGAAGAUCUUUUGCAUUCUUUAUGCCAUCUUUGGCAUCCCGCUCUUCGGCUUCCUGUUGGCGGGCAUCGGAGACCAGCUGGGGACCAUCUUUGUGAAGAGCAUCUUGAGAGUUGAAAAGAUUUUCAGGCAAAAGCACCGCCAGAUCAGCCAGACCAAGAUACGGGUGACGUCCACCAUCCUGUUCAUCCUGGCCGGCUGCAUCGUCUUCGUCACCAUCCCCGCUGUCAUCUUCAAGCACAUCGAGGGCUGGACCACGCUGGAGGCCAUUUACUUCGUCGUGAUCACGCUGACCACAGUGGGAAUAGGCGACUAUGUGGCAGGUACCGACGCGCUCCGUUCCACUGUCAGACGGAUCUCGCUGAUUUGUGACCGCAUGGGUUUUUUCCCCUCCACGGCAGGCGGCAACCGCAGGAUCGACUACAUGAAGUGGUACAAGCCGCUGGUGUGGUUCUGGAUCUUAGUGGGCUUGGCCUACUUCGCGGCGGUCCUCAGCAUGAUCGGGGACUGGCUUCGAGUGCUCUCUAAAAAGACCAAAGAGGAGGUUGGGGAGUUUAAAGCCCACGCGGCCGAAUGGAAGGCCAACGUACGGGCCGAGUUCCGCGAGACCAGGCGCCGCCUGAGCGUGGAGAUCCACGACAAGCUGCAGCGGGCCGCCACCAUCCGCAGCAUGGAGCGCCGGCAGCUGGGCCUGGAGCAGCGGGCCCACUCGCUGGACAUGCUGUCGCCGGAGAAGCGCGCCAUGUUCGCCAGCCUGGACGCCGGGCGCUUCAAGACGUCGUCGCAGGAGAGCAUCGACGGCAAGCUGAACAACCUGCGGCUGAAGGGCGCCGGCGAGGCCUACGAGCAGCAGGGCGGCGAGCCGGCGCCGCAGACGGCCUCGUCGUCCGAGGAGAACCUGUGCAACCUGCGCUUCGGCUCGCUCACCAAGCUGGCGCGGCGCAACCGCAACCGCGAGCUGCGGCGCAACAUCCCGGAGGACGCGCGGCGCCCCAGCGUGGGCGCGAACAGCGGCGGCGCGGCGCCGGGGGAGGGGGGGGCGGCGGCGGAGGGGGAGGAGGGCGAGGCGGACGAGGAGAACGGGGAGCGGAAGGAGGGGAACACCAGCCUGACGGAUCUGUCCACGUACACGGCGGACCGCGCCAGGCUGAACGGAUUCGUACCCGCACACGCCAACGACGGCGAGGACCCCUGAGGCCCACGGGCCGAGUCAGAGCGAGAGUGCAUGAGACUUUUAGAUGUCAUGAAAUGUGCCUUUCUGUUUCCUAUGCUUAGAUUGGACCUGCUGCCAGGGAAUUUUCAUCGUGCCAUAGCCAUGGGAGGAAAACGCGUUGCCAAAAAUGAAUAAAAACUGAAGAGACAGAGGAGACUGUAGUUAAAUACCUCAUUACGGAUGUUGCUGUCUAAUGGGCUACUUAAGGCUUUUCAUUUCUCCUGGAGCGGUUUUUCAGCCAUGUUAUCCGCCGGCGCCCGCGGCCGGACCUUCGGGGGCGACGACCACCCGCUCAUGCGCCGACGUUCUUUUUUUAUCCCCGUGGGCCGCGCAUGCAGCGAGCUUGAUUCACGCCAUUUGUUUUCAGAAGCAGCAUUGUUCUCCGCUUUGCGAACUCACUCUCGGGGGCUGUUUCGGCUCCGUGUAAAAGAGGAAAAGGACUAAUAAACCAACAAAAUAAUAAAAAAAAGGUCGUUGUGAUUCUUCCGGAUCAAUAGACAAUAGCAAGCAUUUACCCACAUGGCGUGUACAAUUACUCCUACAUGGUAUGUGACUUUGACAAUGUAGCCUUGGCUUUUAACGUACUACAUACUAAGAGCUCAUAAAAAAAUGAAGAAGCGAAUCCUUUCGAUUGUGCAUGGUUCUUAAAACGCAACCACCAAAACACAAACGCCACCAUCCUCUGAACACUGAGCAGGAGUCCACGCAACGCAGUCCUUCACCUCUGGCCAUGAGAUUGUCAGCGACGUCACGCGCUGAACUGUUUUUUUUAAUUUUCAUAUUCAUCACUCAUUGUCUCUCACGCGCGCACACACACACACACACACACACACACACACACACACACACACACACACACACACAAACACACACACACACGCUAUGUCUUGACACGGCUUCAAUAAAUGAAUGUGAUGCUGUUGUUUGUAUCCACCGAGCAUGUUGCAUCUGUGUUUACUCCUUUUUUUAUAUCACAAAAGCCGGUUGUACGACUACACUUCCUGUUUGUUUGUUUUUUAUAUUUCUCUUCUUAAACUGUCUAAACACAUGUGCAUUUAACAGGUACUGAUGCCUCCACCUGCUUCAGCGCGUACUGAACUAUUAGCACCAUCACUAGUGUGCAUUGCAUGCAUUUCUAAAAAGUGACUUGCUGAACACACUGGUUGUACUUGUAACCUGUUUUUGCUAUGAACAGCAUUAACCCUCGACCAUGACCAUGACCUGUGAGGAGUUGAUAGACUAUUUGUUGUGUACAGUUUAUUUUAUGAACAGAUCACAUUAAAUGUAGUGAGUGCCUUUUCUCAGAUAAUAAACAUGACGAAAUAAACAUGAAUAUGCAAGUUC